ACUUCCUCGGGAGUAUCAAGCCAUUGUGCACCUAUUUUAUGUAACGUGUUGGCUGAUAGCAUCUACAUUUUGUAUAAAUUAUCUCAACUUGUUCGCUCCUUGCAUCCCUUCCAAGCCGAUUCAGCCAUGUUCGACCUUGAGCUCUCAACUUCUCUGCUAUUUUACACUCUUCUUCCUUUGCUUUUUUUCUUCAUCUUCAACCUCAAAUCCAUUCUCACAGGCCUUUUUCCAUCCAAGUCCUCUAAACUCCCCAGAUCGUACCCUAUUGUCGGCUCCUUCUUCGCAAUCUAUGCGAACCGGGACCGCCCCAUCCAGUGGACGUCCGACGUGCUCUUGAGCUCGCCGACAGCGACCUUCGUCCUCCACCGGCCACUGGGUCGCCGGCAGGUCUUCACGGCGAACCCCUCCAACCUCACCGGCCGAUUAAUCCCGAUCUUCUGCGCCGCCGCGAAGUACGGGACUGUGCUCGAUCUUCAGGUUGGGGUAUACGUGAUUCAAUUUGAUUUCUUUUCUUAUUAA